GCACUGUCGUCCGCACACCGCCAUCCGCCACUCCCGAACACGUCACCACCCGCCGCAUACCGUAAACUGUUCGUUAUGCGCUAUAGCGUGGUCGGCCAUUUUCAACGCGCGUUGCCCAGUUAACCAAACUCUCGUAACUCACCGUCGUGCAUCGCGUUGUUUGUGCCCGUGUAACAGCUUUUCUCGUGCUAAACACCGGAAACUCAGUCGUUCACAGUUUUGACCAAGAGCGGCUACCGACGACGCAUUUGUUCCGUACCUACUCUGACCUUACCUCGUCCCGCAUCGUUUCGCCCUUGUAAGGCAAACAAACCAACCGCCGCGUAAGUACAUACGAACACUUCGCGCCACUCCUGUCGGUCAAUCAUAAUAAUAACUAUAAUCAUUUUAUCAUAUUAGUUUUGCGUUCAUACGUAGUUUAUAUUAACAUCGAGUAAAUCAUUGAAACACAACAGAAUGUCUUCAACCGAAAUUAACGAAAACGCCAACGGUGAGAUGACUUCAGAACCCAAACCAAACGAAUACGUCUCUGCACUAGUCAAAGAGAAAUAUGCAUUGGACGCUUCUUCUCAUCUGAACACAAUGAAACUUAUUGAUGACGGUUAGUAUUAACAAACUGUUAUAAUUAUGUUUGACACAAUUAUAAGCUACUGCAUCUCAGUUCUGUUAACCUAUUACAUACUUACUGUUUUAUCCCUGUUCUUAUGAUUAUACUUUAAAUCCGUUCAAAUUAUUGUACAUUAUAUCUGAACACAAUGAAACUUAUUGAUGACGGUUAGUAUGUAACUGUUUAAACAAAUGUAAUAUAGUUUAGUUGUCCAGUCAUUACCUAUUUCCUAUUUAUGUAUCUACUGUAGAUUAAAUUGUGUAGUACUUCAAUAUGUAAAACAGUAAUGUUGAAUUAGAAACAAUUAAUAAUACACUAAAUGACUCUUUUUGUAUAUUAUGUAUAGUGAUUUGUUUACUGUAAUACCUGGAUUUAUGUACACUGUCCUCAUCUUAAUUAUCUCAGACGAUUUUAAGUUAAUUUGAUUUCUACUUUUUCUAAUCAUCAUGGAAUCGUUUAAGGUUUUAUUUUAAAGCAAUUUUUAACCUUUUACCCCUACUCCAAUGAGUACAUACUUUUGAUUUUCAAAUAUGAACUCCCCUUUUUGAUCAAAUAUUUGAAUAGAGAAUAUUUUUCUAGAAAUUUUGAUGUGCAUAACACAAAUAUGAUAUUUACCAUUUAGGAGUUAUAACAGUUUUAUGUUUAGACUAGAGGAAUAAGGAAGGGGCUAUACAUUAAUAUCUAAUCUAUAACUCUUCCCUACUCCUCUGGUCUAAACUUUAAACUGUUAAAUCAUGAAUGGUAAAUUUGAUAUAAGUGUAAUUUGAUAUAUGUGUAUAAAAAUUUCUAAAAAAAUAUUCUCUAUUCAAAUGUGUUGUCAAAAAGGGGAUUUCCUAUUUGCAAAUCAAAAGUAUGUACUUAAUUACAUGGAUUAGGGGUAAAAGGUUAAAAAUGGUUUUAAAAUAAAGCCUAAAUGAUUCCAUGAUGAGAAAUAAAAUUCACUUAAUAUCCUCUGAGAUAAUUGCUAGUUUGUGAUAAAAAAAAUCACUUUAUUUAAACCUAUAAUAGAAUUAUACCAGACAAAACUUGAAUUGCGCUGCUAAAGUUAAAUUUAAAAUUUGAAUAUUUUUAAACAAAUGUAAAGAGAAUAUAUUUAAGACAUCCUGUAAUCUUUAUUAAAAAUGUUAAACAAGUUAUAGUAUUGUAAAUGUGUGUAAAUAGGCAAGUUCCUAUUUAUUAUGUUGAAUAAUAUUUUAACUUAAAAAGUUUUUAUACAUAUAUGUUUAAAUUCUAAAUUUAAUUUAAAGGACUCAAUUUAAGGUUACGCAUAAAGUAAUUAUCUGUUGGAUAUAUAAAAAUAUUUUAUAUUAUGCAUUUGAAAAGAUUAAAACCCUAACUUCUAAGUAAUCAAUUUAAAAAUUAUAUCUGCAUUAUUUAUUUUCUAUUUCAGAAAUUGCCAGAGCACAGAACACAAAUGGCAAACCUGAAUCUGCUUAUUUGGACAUAAAUAGUGACAAACCAAUUAGGCUUACUGCCAAAAUCAUGGUUCCAGCAAAAGAAUUUCCAAGGGUAAAAAUAUAGAAUAAUUAUUAUACAUUACCUAAUUAAUAUAUUUGAUUUUUUUUUUUUACAUUCGUUAAUACUAUUACGAAAUUGAAUUUUUCAGUUCAAUUUUGUUGGUAAACUAUUGGGGCCAAAAGGAAAUUCACUGAAACGGCUCCAAGAAGAUACAAUGACCAAAAUGGCAAUAUUAGGCAAAGGAUCGAUGCGUAAUAAAGAAAAAGUAAUGUAAAUUUAUUUUGAUUUUUAUUAUAACUUCUAUAUUGAAUUAGAAAAUAUGGACCCUCGAAUAUUAUUAUUUAUUCACUAAUAAUUGAUUAAUGUUUAUAGGAAGAUGAAAUGAGAAGCUCAUUAAAUCCGAAGUUUGCACACUUGGCUGAUGAACUCCAUGUUCAAGUUACUGCUUAUGCACCUCCUGCUGAAGCUUAUGCCCGACUGGCUUAUGCACUUGCAGAGCUCAGGAAAUUUUUGAUACCUGACCAUAAUGAUCAAAUUGCACAAGAACAAGCACGUGAAAUGCAACAAUUUGGUGGUGCUCCACCUGUUCGUCAUCCAGGACCAAUAAUUCAUGCUCCACCACCACCUCCUGCUGUUAUUCGUCAAAUGCCCCCUCAACCCCCACGUAUGCCGAGAGCACCAGUUCCUGGAAAAGCUAAAGUAAUGAGCAUUUUAGACAGAGCACGGUCAGCAAUGGAAGGAUCAAAUGCUUAUCCUGGUAAUGGAGGUUAUGGUGAUACAGGUUCAUCACAUUAUUCUCAUUUUGAUUCAGGGUAAAAUUUCUUGUCCUUAAUAAUUAAAUUUGUUGUAAAAUAAUAUUAAACUAAAUCCUUAAAGGUAUGGAGGUGUAGCAACAUAUAAUGGUGGAGGUAAUGAUGAAUAUUACUCAGGAAAUUCAUACUCGCAAGGUUAGUAAAACAUUUUUAACAAUGUGUUAAUGAUGAAAAAAUAUAAUGUAUACCACUUGUAUUUUACUAGAUAAUUCUCAAAGUAGUGGCGGACGUGGAUGGAAGAACUACAAUACUGGCGGUAGUGGUGGACCUUCCAAACCGACUGGUAACCAAGGUGGUCGGUAUGGAGGUCGCAACGCUCCAUAUACAAGACAGAAAUAAUCAGGUACUUGUCAGGACUAUUUCUAUUGUAAUUGAUAUAAGGAGACAACAAAGAGAAAAAUAUUAUUGGGUAGAAUAAUAUUUUGAAUAAAUUCAUAUUUAUUAAUUAUCUCAUAAAUAAUUUUCCACUUAGUAAAAACAAAUUAAUUUUAUCUUAUAAAUUUUUUUUAUACAAAUAUAUAUAAAUAAAUAUAUAUAUAUAUAUAUAUAUAUAUAUGUAUAUAUAUAUAUAUAUAUUUAUACAAGUAUUGUACAUCUAAAAUAGAAAUAUGUGUUUUGAUUGGGAUGUUAGUUCCAAAUCAUAUUUUUCUUAUAAUAAAACUUUCAAAAUUAUAAUUAAAACUUAAAUGUGUAAGGAAUAAAAAUUAACUAAUAUAAUUUGUAUAAUGAUUAAUGGAGUGUGAAAUAAAAUGUCUGCGCAAAACUUCUUGACUAGAUUAUUAUUAUAAUAACAUUAUAUCAAAUAUUGUUGGGCUACUUAUUUUUUUUUUAUUAUUAUUUUUUUUUUUUACAAAUAUAUAUAUAUAUAUAUAUUUAAUAUAUAUAUAUAUAUAUAUGAACUUGUAAACAGAAAAAGUACUUAUAAUUUUUGAUGUAUUUGAUUAUUACUUUUAUAGAUACUUAUAACAUAUUUGUCAUUUUAGGAUUACACCACUGCUACAAUACCUUUUAGUAAAUUACUUAUAUAAUAACUGCAAAAAUAAAAAUGAACAAAAUAUAAUUUGUGCUUAUAAAUUAUAUCUUUAAAAAAGAAAUUGUUGCAUUAAUAUAACUAACUAAUCUUUUUAGUAUUUUUUGAUAGAUUAAAUUACAAUAAAGUAUACAAAUUUAAUUUCCGAUACUCGUUAAAAAAAUUAAAAUAAAAUGAAUAGAGCUACACUAAUAGUGUAGAUUGUUGGAUUAUACCAUUUUCCUGAUUCAUGAUCCUUGAAAAUGGAUCUUAAUAUUUUGUCUCUUGAUGAUGACUUUAUUGAAAAACAAUCUAAAGAUUAUUCAUGUGGUUUGAAUUAUUAUUUUUAAUCUAAUGUUAUUUAUUUUUGUAGUAAAUUAUUGAUUUUACCAAAAAAAUCUUUAAUUAAUAAAAUAAACUAAAUAAAAAAAAACCAAAUUCUAUUGUGGCAGAGGUAAUAAUCCGCAUUAAAUUAAAUCCACUGUUGCUUGCUGCUAAUAUUACAGAUGGCUGAUUUAUAACGGUAAACAUUUAAAUUCCAACCCUGUGAUGAUGAUUAUAAUAAUAAUAACAAAACAAUUUACUAAUUUAAUAUUUUUAAUUAUUAUUUUAUUAUAUUUAUGUGUUGAUUAAAAUAAUAUAACCAUUGGAUUCAUUUUUAAAUGUCAGUUAUGUUAUGUAAUUAAUAAACAAGAAGAAAUAUUUGUAGUAAUCAUAGUUUUAUACAGUUAUUUAUUUAUUUUUUUUUUUAUUAUUAUUUAUCAUUUUAUUAUAAAAAUAUGGAUUGCACACAAUCCAAUUCUAUUGAUAGAUGUUAGAUUUAUAAUAAUAAUAAUAAUAAUAAUAAUAAUAAUAAUAAUAUUAUAAUAUUGUAGUUUGUUAGGUACAACAAAAUUUAUAUAAAUUAAUAAAAACAUACAACAAAUAAAAUAAAAUUUUUACAAUUUACUUGAUCUUCCUAUAUUUUAUAUAUAUUAUUCACUUGCACAAUAAUCUUCUAUUAACAGUAGUAGUUAUUUACAAACUAUAUAAUAUGUAUGUUAUGGACAGUGUGUAUAAAAUGGCUAAUGUUCACAUUUAUCUGGAUGAUACUUAAUUAAUUAGUAUUUAAUUAGUUUUGGAUUACUUUAAUAAUAUAAAUUGUUUAUAUGGAUUAGAAUAGUAGUAAUUGAUUUACCCAAGUACAGGUAUGCUUUAUUAAACAAACAAUGUUUUUGAAUAAUUUAUAAUUGGUGCCACUUGUAAUUUUUAGCAUAAUUAUUGCAUGCUUUUAGGACGUAAUACCUCCUGUAAUGUAAUUGUAAAAAACUGUUGUUUUACAUGAAUUAAAACUGUCCGGAGAAUAGACCUAAUUAAAAAACAGAAUAUCGAUCUUAAAAAAUUAAAACCAAUAUUAUUAAAUGCAGUCCCUUUUCUCUAUAGUGAAAAUUUGGUUUCUUAAUGAGUUUGUAAGAGUAGUUUUUACCUAUGUAAGACAGUUUCUCCGUAAACAUUUUGGUAAUUUCACGCUUGCAUAAUAAAUAUAACAAACAUCUAUUUGUGAAUGUAUUUGAAAUUGAAUUAAAUAUGUUUUAAGUUGAAAAAAUUUGAUAUUUCAAAAUGUCAGAACAAUUCUCACAUCUAAUCAAACCCCUUAAAUACUAGAGAUAGAAUGUUCUCUUAAUGAAUUAUUGAAUUUGCUUUAAAUUGAAAGGCAAUAUAAAUUUAACGAUUUAUUAAUUUUGAUUUUAUAAUGUUAAUUUUAAGGGCAUAGAUUAUUUAAAAUUUUGAAUAAUACCUAAGUAUAGCUAGAAAAUGUUGAUAUAGACCAUAAUUAUCACAUUGGCUGUUCCAUAUAUUUAUACGACACAUCGUAAUAACACUAACUGAUAACAAUAAUAAAGUUUCAGGUGAAUCCUUAAAACAACCACUUACACAACUCUAACCUAAUUCCUCACCUUCAAAAACAAAACAUACAGUAUUAUAAUAUAAUAAUUAAAUUGUUCAUAUUAUGUUAUCAUUUUAGGAAUAUAAUCAUGACAUUAAUGACAUAAAAUAAUUUCCAGCCAAUGAAAUUCAAUAUAAAGAGGAGUGGAGAUGCUUAAAAUCUGCAUAAAAUAUUAUUGUGUUGAAUACAACUCAUUUGAUUGGUCUUGGAACUCCCAUUUUUAGAGCAUAAUCAUCUCUUGAUUUUGUAAAAAGUCAAAAAUGGUGAGGUGUGACCACUAUUAAUAUUUAAUCUUGAAAGUGAUAAUAUUUUUAUAGUAUCGUUAAUAAAUGUAUAAAAUGUGGUAAGUUAUAAGUAUUAAAGUAUGAGUUUGCUAAAUAGCCUUGACAAAAAAAAAAAAACAUACAAAAGUUUAAAAUUACUAUAAACUCGGUAAUACAUCGAUAAUACAAAGGAAAAAACGAUAUCAAAUUGAAUGAAAAUUAUUUAAAUAACAGGUACAUUUUUAAAAUUUAAUUUGUUAAUACAUAAAUAUAAAUUAUUUAAAAUACUAAGCGUUUUUAUAUUUAUUUUUAAAAGAAUGAAAUAAAUAAUUGACUGACUUCUGUUUUUCUUAUUAGUGCAUCAAUUACAUAAGUAUUUUUAAACUUUAUUCAAUUUUAAUAUCUGUGUGUUUUGUUUCAGGAGAAUGUUGAUCAACUUAGAACAUUUUCAUUGAUUUUUCCUGUGACAGCUGCGACGUAUCCUAUUUGAGUACAAAUUAUUUUUAUUUUUGUUUUAUUUUAUUUUAAUUUGUGGUAAUGUAAUCCUAAUAUUUUUUUAAAGUACUUAAGACUGAUCGUAUCAUUUAUUUGGUUAUUGCUUUUUCCACCUGUGAUUUUAUUUAUUAUUUUUAUUAUUUGUUUACUGUUUUUGUUUUUUGUUUUUUUUUUUACGGAAUACAUAUAAAAAAAAAAAAAAAUAAUAAAAAAAUAGUCAAUUAUAACCAAAUUUGUUUUUGAUAUUUUAAAAUUGUAAACAAAACAACUUAACAAAUCUAACUUUUCAUAUUCUUACGUAUGAACAAACUUUUGAACACAUCCAAAUCUGACUUGGUAACAAUGACUUCAAGAACAGAAUGCUCUCCAUCUGGUUCAAUUGCAACUAUUGCAGUGUGUGCCCUCAGCCACUCAUACUCAUCCUGACCAGUGCGUACUCUGAUUUUUAUUUGGCGUCGAUCUGUCACUGCGAUUAUCCGUUUCUCUAUUUGGCUCUUAAGCUCAUCCAAGCCAACACCAGUGGUGCAUGACACAAACACUGAACUACCGUUGUCACUCUCGGUGGUCUCCGCCACAAGAUCGACUUUGUUACCAACAUCAAUGACAUCCUCCAAUAGUCUUUGGUCGAUACUCAGACUCUUCAAUGUAUUCUCCACAUGUUCCUUCUGUACCUGGACAUUUGGAUGAGAUAUGUCCCGAACAUGGACAAUUACGUCAGCAAACAUGGCAUCCUCUAAUGUAGCAACAAAUGGUUCGAUUAGCCUAGUCGGUAUGUCUGAUAUGAAACCUAUGGUAUCUACAAAUAGAACUUUCAUGUUGGACGGCAAUAUACCGCCGUGUACAGUCACAUCAAGUGUGGCAAACAGACAGUUUUUGGGAACCAAUACGGAAUCACCAGUCAAGGCUUUCACUAGGGACGUCUUGCCAGCAUUGGUAUACCCAACUACAGCCACUACAGGGAGGUCCCUGUUCUUUCUACCAUACCGGAGGUGUUCCCGGUGGCUUCGCAAUUUAUCAAUUGACUUCUUUAAUUUUUUCUCAUAUUGUUUAAGCAGAUUUUUUUUGUCGUCAAACGGCAGAUUACCACCAAGUGCUAUCUGACCCGCCUCAGUACCUAGUCGUUCAGCGUAUCCUUCCUGGACGCCCCGUAUCCGGGACCAGAUGUACGGUACCUCGGCUAGGGCCACCUGUAGUUUUGCCUCCCUGGUAAUGGCAUGCCGGCGAAAAAUCUGAACAACGAUCAAGUACCUGUCAUAGACAGGCACCUUAAACUGGUUCUCCAGUGUUUGGUGCUGGGCUGGCUUCAGCACGUUAGUGCUAACGAAAAUGGCGGAGAUCCGUUUAUUCUCUCUGACCUUUUGAGCGAUUAGGUCCAAAUUUCCCGGGCCAAAAAACGAGUGUUUUCGGAACGACGUCAAGCCUACUUGCAUUUCAUCUACAAUUUUCCAGUCGUCCAGUGUAUGCACCAGCGAUUUGCUCUCCGCCAGCUUAAUUGCUGGUGGUGUGUUCCGGUCUUUUUUCGUGCCCCAUUUGAUGUAUGGCUGAAUGACCAUCACCUGGUGGCCCAUUGGAGCUAGUUUCAGCUGCCUGUCGAUGAAAUCUUUGACUUGAACAUCAUCGUCAGUAACGUCUUCAUUGUGACUACUACAGUAAUACCGUAACCAACCGUUGCUAUUGACGUACAACAGCGGAGUUCUGCAGAUUAGUUGUCUGAGAACGAUCAAAGAGGUCGUUGUUGUUCUUGCCAGCUGGCCCACGAGUUUCGACAUUCUCGUACUUUGUCCUUCGCAGCAAAAUACGAAGCCGUCGUGCCAGCCAAGAAAGACACAGCAAAGUGAGACCGCUUCACCUGCGGAAAACGCUUACUAAUAAUCUGUUGCGAUAUGUGGAAUACUGCGAACGUGAAUGUCAGCACUCCGAGCCCUGUUCCGUACGAUCUCGUUAUACAGUCCAAAUAAGAACCGAAUCCAGGACGCUUGUCUUCGAAAUGUUCUUUCAGUAUUUUUUCGCUGGUCCUAUUCAUGAUGCUUGACAACGAAUAUAAUGUGCAUUAUCUGUAGACUGCAGAAAAUUAUAUUUCAGAAAAAGCACAAGAAAAAAAACUUUGAUCCCAAAUUCCUAAAAUUUAUUAGUUAUAAUACAUUUAUCAAUAGUAUAACAAUUCAAUAAUCAUAAAUUACGUUUAACCCGAUUUUUCCGGACGAUGAUCCCGUUAUCAAAGCGAAACCAUAUCUAUAUAGAUAACCGGUAUUUUCAUGGAAAAGUAAUAUACAAAAUCCUUUACUUCCUAGUAAUGAGAAUAGUUCAUUUUUGCGAAAUAUUCACUGUUAAAGAAAUGACCACCUAUUCUACUCAAUAAUGAUCCAAAUUUAUAGGUAAAAGUACAGUUCUUUCUAUAAUAAAAUGAUUCAUUUGAUUUAUUAGUGAACGACAUCCAAUUUGUUCGUGAG